AUGAGUAAAGAUGUAUUUCCAUUGUUGGAACUCAGUGAACUUGUAACAUGUCUCCAAAGUUGUGACUUCUCCCUUGCUGUAGAGGAAAAUAUAUCCAAACCAAGUUCACAGUAUGUGAUUACACUUUACAAGCAAAUCAUUGAUACUUUCAUGGGGGUAUCGCCAGAUACUUUACUUUCAAAUGAAGCCCUAUUUGAUAAUUCAGGUUCUAAUGAUAUUCAGCAGAAUCCAGCAUAUACUGAAACGGUGAAGGUUUUGGCACUUAACAAAAUAUGUUUUAAGUUUUUCCAAGAUAUAGGAGUAUCAGAUUUUAAUAUGAUGGAUCUAUACAAGCCAGAUUCUCUAAGAACAAGGAGGCUGUUAUCCGCUGUGGUGAAUUAUGCUAGAUUCAGAGAAGAACGGAUGUUUGACUGUGAUAAGUUUAUGUCCAAGACCGAAUUCUUAUUGAACCAGCUUCGUUCAAAAUUCGAUGAUUAUAACUAUCUUCAGCAACAGAUCAACAAACAUAGAAACGAAAUAGAGUUGAGAGAAGGUGAAACUUUUGAAACUUUACAGCAACAAAAUAAACAUCUUGAUCAACAGAUUUCAAGGCUAAAAGGAUUGCAGGAAACUUUGAAUAUAGAUUAUAACGCCUACAAGUCCAGAAAACAAUCGUUAUUGCAUGAUUUGGAAAAAUUUGGAUUCGAGCUCAUAGAACUUGAAUUUGAAAGGAAUAAAUUAGAGAAACAUUCUAAGACAGACUUCAAUGAACUCAAUUUGAAUAUUGAAAAGCUUUCUACGCUUCUUGCUACUCAGCAAACGAAUUUGAAUAAUUUGGAACAGAAACAUAGAAAGCUUCGAAUAUCUAUGAAUACUUUCCAGACCUUGACACAUGAAUUGUACGAUGUUCUACAGUUAAUAUCGACAGACUUGCAAGAAUCUCAUUUGAGGGAAGCAAAUCUCAUCGAUAUGCGUGAACAGCUCUUGCAAACAGAUCAAAAACUAAACAAUAUACUAUCUUCCGGAGUUAUGGUGAAGAUGAAGAUUCUUCAGUCUCAGCUUGACAAUCAAAAGAAAAAAUUACAUCAGUUAGAAGGAGAAACAAAGGCAAAACAAAUCGAAAAUUCGGAAACACUACAAUUAUUGCAGAGGCAAUACACAGAUGAAGUGGUUCCUGACCUACGGGCAGCCGAGGAGCAGGUUGAGAAUGAUUUGGCCAAUGGCACAAUUAAGAAUUAUGAUUACGAAAUAUCACAGCUAAAGCAGGCGUUUCAAACGGAAAUCGACGCUAUCGAUCUUGAGUACUCGCUCUUAUCCUCGCACAUUAAUAGAUACAUGGAAGAGAUGCUACGUGUUAUGGUAGAGGUUACUUCUUAG